ACAGAGCUGCCGGCGCCCUACGGUCCCUGGAUGGAGAUCGCCCACGACCUGCCCCAGCUGAUCGCCAGCCGUCAGCUCCGCUCGCAAGUGCACCAGAUGCCACAGCUGAGUGCCCGGCACCUCCAAGGGCGUGAGGAGCUGCACUUGGCGCAUCUGGUGCUCAGCUUCAUCACGAUGGGCUACCUCUGGCAGGAGGGCGAGGAGGGCACUGUGAAGGUCCUGCCCCAAAAUCUCGCUGUCCCCUUCUGGGAGGUCUCACAGGCCCUCGGCCUCCCCCCCAUCCUCAGCCACGCGGACUUUGUGUUGGCCAACUGGAGGAGGAAGAACCCAAAUGGGCCUCUGGAAAUCGAGUAAGUAUUUAAGAUCUUGUCUCUGCCCGGGGGGCAGGGCUGGCGCGGCCCCCUUGUCACUUCAUGCUCCCUCUCGUCUCCCCUUUCCCCCUCCCUCUCCCUCUCCCAGGCAAUUGUUCAGGCCGUUCGUGCCAUGCUGCAGCCCGAUGAGGAGCCCCUGCACAGAGCCCUGCAGGAGCUGGCACAGGCCAUCGGGGACAUGACGAAGGCUUUGAAACGGAUGCACGACUAUGUGGAUCCAGCAGUGUUUUACACUGUGAUCCGGAUCUUUCUCUCCGGCUGGAAGGACAACCCCGCGAUGCCCGACGGGCUCAUCUAUGAGGGAGUGUCGGAGGAGCCCAUGGCGUACUCGGGAGGCAGCGCGGCACAGAGCACCGUCUUUCACGCUUUUGAUGAGCUCCUGGGGAUUCGCCACAGCGAGGAGAGCACUGCCUUCCUGCACAGGAUGAGGGACUACAUGCCCCCGCCCCACAGAGCCUUUGUGGAGGAGAUCCACCGUGCCCCCUCCCUGAAGCAGCAUGUGCUCUGCUCUGGAGACGCACGGCUCUGCGCAGCUUUCAACCAGUGCGUCUCUGCGCUGGCAGACUUCAGGUCCUACCACAUCACCAUCAUCGCCAAGUACAUCACUGUUGCGGCGGCCAAAGCCAAGACCAGGCAAGCAAAGCCGGGCGACCAGACUGGGCCAUCCACAGGGAAGCCCCCAUCCGCGCUGGAGGCCAAAGGGACCGGUGGGUCCCACAUCUUCAGCUUCCUGAGGAGCAUCAGGGACACCACCAGGGACGGGAUGAUAAGCGCCUGA